AUGGCUUGCGAGAGCGCAUCAGCCCCCUUAUAUUCUCUCGCUUUCAUCUGCCUCAGCUACUCUUUCUUGGUGCUAUGCAUGCACGUUCCUUCGUCGGUUUCAUUCAGCUUCAACUUUUCCAACACUACUGGUGACAACCCCUGCGGCGGACUCGAGCUCAGGUGCUACCGCGAUGCGCAUUUCGACAAGACCACAUCAGCCAUCGAGCUGACAAAGAACCUCCGAGGAGAAAUCACCAACAGCCAAGGUCGGGUGUGGUACAAGCAGCCCGUGCGGCUAUGGAAAGAGAGCACCGGCGAGGUAGCGAGCUUCACCACCACUUUCUCCUUCAACCUCACGCCGUCCGACUCCAUCCGGUGCAGGGACACAUGGGCAUCUCAGACGGGCGACGGCAUGGCCUUCUUCCUUGCGCCUUGGCCUAACUCUAACUCGAGCACCGGCGGCGGCAUCGUCCUGCCCAACGCAACCGCAACGGAAGGCGGCGACCUCUACCUUUUCAACCCCAGCAACCAUUUCAACGCAACGGGUGACAAUCGGGUUGUUGCCGUCGAGUUCGACACAUUCUGUAAUGUGGGAAUCGACAACAGUACCACCCAGCACAUCGGCAUCGAUGUCAACUCCAUCGUGUCUGUGGCGAGCACGAACACUCCAGGGAUGAACAACCUCACAUCCCCCUUCACCAAGGCGGCCAUGAUCAGCUACGACAACGUGACCAAGAUGCUAGCCGUUGAUCUGCAGAUCAACGGUACUCCGUACGCCCUGAACACGACCGUCAACCUUACACAAAGCUUGCCGGAGACUGUGGCUGUCGGAUUCUCAGCAUCGACCGGCGACUGUGUGGAGCUGCACCAGCUCCUGUCAUGGUCCUUCAACUCCACACUCCAAGAACCCAAGUUGGCAGAGGUUGCCGGGGCAGUCAUCAAACCAGAGCCCUCGGCGAAAUUACUACUCGAGGUGCGGUCCUUCUCCUAUGGAGGACGCAUGCAAGAAAUCGCCGCCCACGUCAAGGUUCCGACAGGCGUCGGCCGCGUCCUGGAUGCCGCUGAUGUGCGGCUGCGGGGAGACGAAGCCCAUGAUCGGCAGAUGGAGCGUGCUCUGCUCGUCGGGCUCUGGUGCGCGCACCGUGACCCCGGGCAGCGCCCAUCCAUCGCUGAGGCCAUGCAGGUCCUGCAGUCCGAGGAGUUGAAGCUGCCGGUGCUCUCGUUACACAUGUACAGCAAGCUGGCGACGCCACCAUCUGUUGGCAACGUUGCCUCGACGGUCGUCGAUGACUCUGGUGUCUCCGGCAACUCCAUGGCUAGCGGAGUCCGCUCGGCAGAGACCGCUGGCACGACGGCAGGCUCGUCGGAGUCGUUUGCCACUUUACCAGUAGUACUGCCACCCCAUUCUACAUGGUAG